AUGGAAGGGAGCCUGGUGAGUAGUUACUCUAAUAAAACAACAUGUAUCAUUGGUGGAGCUUUACUGUUUCCCUUAACUCUGGCGUUAAGCGUCCUAUUGGGUUGGCAGAUUUACCUUAUUUUGCAGAACAAGACCACAAUUGAGUACCAUGAAGGAGUCAGAGCCAUGUGGCUGGAAGAAAAAGUAGGAAAUAUGUAUAGACAUCCAUAUGACCUUGGUGUCUAUGAAAACCUUGUUUCAGUAGUAGGGCCUAACAUCUUUUGUUGGUUAUGCCCUGUAUCAAAGUUCAAAGGCUCUGGUCUCCGAUUUCCCACUGCAUUUGACAUUCCAAUAUCUACAACACUAACUUGACGUAUCAGGUGGCAAAGAU